UCCAAAACUCUGAAAAAAACGUUUCGGCGGGAAGAUAGAAAGGCGAACUAGGGUUUACAUAGAGUAGCGAAGCAUAGAGUUAAUUCCAAUAGCUAUGGCCGGAGAAGCAUCGAGCAGCCGCCAAAAGAGGCAACGACUUGUAGAAGAAGAAGGCGAGAAUGGUGGAGGUGAUGCGGCGGUGGCAAGAUCUGGGACAUUGGUGGACCUAGAUCUUUUCUAUUGUCCCGUUUGCUCUGACUCACUCACGAUUCCUAUCUUUCGGUGUGACAAUGGCCACAUAGCAUGUUCUUCGUGUUGUACUAAAAUGAAAAACGUAUGCCCUGAUUGUGGGGAUUCCAUUGGUGACUUCCGAUGCCUGAUAAUGGAAAAAAUCUUGGAAGCCUUCGAUGUUGGUAGAGGGUUCCUGUUCGACCUACAUCUUCUCGAUUGUCCUGUUUGCUCUAACGCACUCACUGCUCCUAUCUUUGAGUGUGACAGCGGACAUAUUGCAUGUUCGUCGUGCUGUAAGAAACAGAGGUAUAAAUGCACUGCUUGUAGUUUACCGAUCGGUAACUACCGAUGCCGAAUAAUGGAGAGGCUUGUCGAGGCAAUCUUUAUCCCAUGCCCGAACGCCAAACAUGGUUGUCGUGAGAUGUUCUAUUACGGAAAAAAAUUAGUCCAUCAGAAAGAAUGCAUUUUCGCUCCGUGCUAUUGUCCUGCAUUAGGCUGCAACUACAGCGGCUUGUACAAGGAUCUGUAUAGCCACUACGAAACUAACCACAAGUGUGGCAAAAAACAUUUCAGAAGUCGCCAUGACGCUGACGCAUGGGUACACGUCGAUGAUAAGAUUCUUGUCCUUCAGGAAUAUCGAGAUGGUCCAUUGGUUGUGAUUCAGUGUUUCCAGAAGCCAGAAGGAGUGUCUGUGACUGUGAACUGUAUAGCACCUUCUGCUCCAGGAGUUGGGGAGUUCUCUUUUCUACUCUCCUACUCGCGUGAAGGUGAAUAUUGGGCACUUGGAUCAGAUAAGAUGAAUAGGAUUCAUAAAGUGAGCUUCCAAGCUCCUGAGAAGUACUUCAUAACAGUUCCCAUGUCUGAUUUUAAGAUGAAGAUUCGUAUCAACCGGAUAACCGAAGAGAUAGAAAAUGAAGUCUAAGAGUAAUUAUCAUAUCAGAUCCUUUGUAGGUCGUUUUGUUCAUAUGUCACUUGCCUGCUAAUGAGAAUGCAUUUCUCAUGUUUUUGUUUUGUAGCUACAAUAAUCUAUGUACUCUAAACCGAAUAUUCGUAUGGUUUAUCGUGUUACUAAAUGACGUUUGUUUCUCCAUCCAUCGAUUAUAAUUUUGAUA